AUGGUUACAUUCACGUCUUCUUCCGGGUCAGCACCCGCCCGAUCCUCAUAUCGGGAGGAGUUGGCAAAGCUGAGGGAAUCCAAAACCCUUACCAAGGAACUUAUUCUUGAGUGUGUCGAGACUCUGUUGCCACAAGACCCCGUGUAUACUUUGGCAGUAAAGAACUGGUAUUUCCUCGAUCAGAAAUCGCGAUCUUACCUCGCCAAGGCGUUAGGGCCGGACGAGGACUUCCCCUAUAUCAAUGAUCAUCUGAUUCUAGCCACGGAACCAACACAAUCCAGUGGGGUCUAUUGCCAUUUCGAGGAGUUGGUUGCUUCCGGCAUGCUCAAGCCUCCCAGCGGUUACACGAACUUGAACGACUCUGCUUCUAGUGAUGCGGCUGUUAGAGCAGCGCCUAGCGAGAUCCAUCCCGCUGGCUCUUCUCAUUCACCUGCCAAGUCAUCCGUUUUCGCACCUCUUCCUCCCUCGCCUACCUUUUCCCCCGAGUCCCCAGGUAUUUAUUGGAAAUCUCUUCCACCUACCCCCAAUAUUCACCCGCAGCCCGUAGGUGAAAACCAAAACACGAAGCCUGCCAGCGGAAACUUUUUUGGACAAAGAGAUCCGUUGUCGUUCAGAGACCAGCACAGUAUCACCGGCGUUAAAACCCCCGGUAAGGCGCAAACUGUCGCUUCUGGAGGCGGUCUCUUUGGCGCGCGUGAAUCGUCCGGAACGAGUAUCGCAAACCUUCCUUUGCCCGGAACGCCCCUGACACGCUUAGAUCUUUGGUCAUGA